CUCGGCUCCUCCCAGAGGCCGGCCCGGCGGCUCCAGCGGGAGGCCGGGGGCAGCGGACGCGUGUCACCUCGGUGACAGCACGGUACACCAAGAAGGAGAAAAAAAAAGGAGCUUUCCCAGCAGCUGGAAGGAGCCAAAGUUGUUUCAGGCGGCAGCGGCGAGGCUGGUGGCAACAACUUUUAUCCCUGACGAGGGAAGAGACAGACAGAGAAGGGGUGAAACAGCUUGGAUUCACAUUUUUCUGGGAUAUGCUCAUUUGGCCUGUGUAACCUCACGAAAAAUGUUACCAUUUGAACAUAAUGACUCUUUUCUUCCCUGGCUUCCUGUUCCCUUUCCUUGUGAAGUGGCGUUUAGUCCAGUGUAAAGCUGAUGGGUGGGAGCAAAGGUAAAGAAUGAUGUAAUGCAGCGGCAGCCAGAAAGCAUCUUUUGUUUGAAUUGUGAAAUGGCUACUCCAUAGUCAUCUUCUGAUGAAUCAGAUGUGAGGGGCUGCUUUGUGGAAUGAACCCUUUGUAACAGCACAUCAACUGGAAGCAGGAGGAGACAUUCAGCUGAAGAGCUCUUUCUGAAAAUGGAUUUAACUUUUCUUUUGCCAGUCACUACCAGCAUGACCUCAUACACUUCUAGUACAAUGGUGUGGCUAAGCCUUUGAGUACACAGCCAUUACAUCAUCGCAGCAAAUUAGAGAGGGAGGUGGUGAAAGAGGCCUUAUUGUUGUCAUGGCCGAUGAGAUGAUCAGGACUCAACUCAUUGUCACCGAGAAGUUGGUGGCUUUGCUGGAGAGUGGUACAGAGAAAUUGCUUCUGAUUGAUAGCCGCCCCUUUGUGGAAUACAAUACGUCCCACAUCUUGGAUGCCAUCAACAUCAACUGCUCCAAGCUUAUGAAGCGAAGGCUGCAGCAGGACAAAGUUUUGAUUACAGAGCUCAUUCAGCAUUCAGCAAAACACAAGAUUGAAAUUGAUAGCAAGCAGGAAGUGGUGGUGUAUGACCAAAGCUCCAAAGAUGUGACCUCUCUCUCAUCUGACUGCUUUCUUACUGUGCUCCUGGGCAAACUGGAGAAGAACUUUAGCUCUGUGUAUCUGCUUUCAGGUGGAUUUGCUGAGUUCUCCAGCUCUUUCCCUGGUCUCUGUGAAGGAAAAUCCACACUCAUCCCUACCUGCAUUUCUCAACCCUGCCUACCUGUCUCCAACACUGGUCCAACCAGAAUCCUGCCUCAUCUCUAUCUUGGGUGUCAGCGGGAUGUCCUCAACAAGGAGCUGAUGCAGCAGAACGAUAUUGGCUACGUACUGAACGCCAGCAAUACUUGUCCAAAGCCUGAUUUUAUUCCAGAAGCCCAUUUCCUGAGAGUGCCUGUGAAUGACAGCUUUUGUGAAAAAAUUUUGCCUUGGUUGGAUAAAUCAGUCGAUUUUAUAGAAAAAGCAAAAGCAUCCAAUGGCCGUGUGUUAGUGCACUGUUUAGCUGGAAUAUCCCGCUCUGCCACAAUCGCCAUUGCCUAUAUCAUGAAGAGAAUGGAUUUGUCCUUAGACGAAGCUUACAGAUUUGUGAAAGAAAAAAGGCCAACCAUUUCUCCCAACUUCAACUUUCUGGGCCAGCUGUUGGACUUCGAGAAAAAAAUCAAGAACCAGAGGGGUCAGCCUGGACACAUUAGUAAGCUGAAACUUCUGCAUUUGGAAAAAAGCAGCGAGCACGUGCUGGUGCCAGAAGGUGGGCAGAGCAGCCUGUCCACUAACCAGCUCUGCAUUACCACUACCUCCGAGAUGGUGGAGCAGAAGCCGGCAGACUGCGGCAGCACAGCACGCGGGCACUUGUCCCCUCUGGAAGACAGCCCUCUGGUACAGGGCAUCAACGGGCUGCACGUCUCUCUCGACAAGGUGGAGGACAGCAACCGGCUGAAACGCUCCUUUUCUUUGGAUAUCAAGUCCGUGUCCUACUCGGCGAGCAGCAGCUGCAUGACUGCGUCGGUUCAGAGCUUCGCCUCCUCCGAAGACACUCUGGAAUACUACAAACAUGCGGCCGCUUUAGAGGGCAGCGGCAAGUUGUGUCAGUUCUCUCCUGUCCAGGAGGUCUCGGAGCAGACCCCGGAAAGCAGCCCUGACAAAGAGGAAGCCAACCCUCCCAAGAAACCCCAGAAUGCCUGGCAGCUGGAGAGCCAGAGCAAACGCCAGCACCUGGGGAGAGCCAGUGGCGGUGCCGCCACUCAGCGCUCACUCCUGUACCCAUUACACCGCAGCGGGAGCAUGGAAGACAACUACCGAACGAACUUCUUGUUUGGGCUCUCCACCAGCCAGCAGCAUUUGGCCAAGUCUGCCGCUGGGCUGGGCCUCAAAGGCUGGCACUCGGACAUCCUGGCUCCUCAGACGUCAGCUACGUCCCUCACCAACAGCUGGUAUUUUGCAACCGAGUCCUCACAUUUCUACUCGGCCUCGGCCAUUUACGGGAGCAGCGCUGCCUACUCUGCCUACAGCUGCAGCCAGCUGCCCACGGGCUGCGACCCGGCCUGCGCUGUGCGCAGAAGGGCCAAGCAGGCCGACCGGGGGGACUCCAGGCGCAGCUGGCAUGAGGAGAGCUCCUUUGAAAAGCAGUUCAAGCGCAGAAGCUGCCAGAUGGAGUUUGGGGAGAGCAUCAUGUCGGACAACAGGUCCAGAGAGGAACUGGGGAAAGUAGGCAGUCAGUCAAGCUUUUCAGGCAGCAUGGAAAUCAUUGAAGUGUCGUGAGGGGUGGUGAGCUUGCGAGACUGUGUUGGAGUUGCUUCCCCCUCCAGGCCGCUUGCGCAGCCUUUGAGAGGUCCCUGUAAAUCUGAAAAGAACAAACUUUGUGCAAAAAAAAAAGGUUGGGGGGCAUAGAGGGAGGGUGGGGAAGAAAUGUGAGGCUUCAGUGUGAACACGGCAACUAGAGUAGUACAGCAAAGAAAUGACGAGUGAGCAUCUGCCUGAGGAGACCAAGCGUGCCACCAGGGUUUUUUCCUCCCCAUUCCAGGAGAAGGGCAGAAUGGUUCAAUGAUCUUUCCUUGACAGAGGAAGCAGUUGCAUGCAAUGGAUUGUACGUCUUUUCCAUGGUUUUUGAAAAAGAAGCUCUCUCGGUAUCAAACCCUUUCUCUGGUUCUACUGAAACAUGCCUCUACCCAUCAAAGCGAAUCUUGUUCCCCCCCCCCCUCAUGCCCCACGUCCUCACCAGCGCACCUUAGCCCUGACACUGAGCCAACCUCUGGAGGGAGACCCUUUUCCCCUUAACAAAGGAGACCGGGAGCGAUUCCAAAGGACAUAGGGACUGGUUACAGCAAGGCUGGUCUGAACACACGUAGUUCAGACAAAUGUAAAUACUGGUGUAACUAUUGUUAUAAUGGAUAGGCUUUAGGCAAUUUGCUAGAGAGCUGCUUCAGAGAAAAGAAACCCAGUACCUCAAAAACAUAAAAAAUAAACUAGGGCUUUAUGGCGGCCAGCUGCUGGUUGUCAGUUCAUAAGCAAUGUGAACAAGUAACGACCAGCUAUGUUGGAUGACUGUAUUUUUUUUAAAGCUGUCUACGCACAAGUGUUCCAGUUAGUCCAGCAGCAAUUCUUUAAAGACAAAUGAACCAUACUUAACGACCAUUUCCCCCAGCCUUUUGUAACAUAAAAUAAGCAAUAUUUGUCUUUUUGAUAUUGAGCUGGCUUUUGGGAGAGGGGUAGCUGCUUUGGCUUCUCAGCUGUAACACAGUGGCGAAUGCUUAGGGUUACGUGCAGGAGCAGUGACUGACACAGGAUCACAACAUCCUCUCUUGCCCCUUGACAAUUCAAUAGAUGGCUCUUCAAGGCUUGGUUUUGUUUUGUUUUUUUUAAAGCUAAAAAUGAGUUGGGAUGGGCUUUUGUCCUUAACUGAGCAGUACUGUUAAGGAACUGCUCUUCAGCUAUGGUUCCAGUUACGUGUGGGGGUGGGUGAAAUAAAAGUAGUUAUUUUUUUCCAUCCCAAACAUCCUCACCCAAACUGUGGGGACUUGGAAGACAGAAGCUUCUCAUUACUUUUGCAGACUUCCUCUGAGAGAGAGAGGUCUGUCUAUCUGUCUCUCUAAGGAAAACAGGCGAUCUCCAGGGUCCCCAUCUCAUAGCAUGGUGUGAAAGAAAGGGGCUGUGAGAAGAGACAGCUUUAAUGGGGAGCCUGCUUACCUCCCACACUCAUGUCUCCAAGGGAAUGUGAUCCUGACAUUGUCCCAUGUCCCAGCAUAGACGAUGGUGUUCCCAGCGUGCAGGUGGCGUGGCUGCAAACCCUUCUUAGCCAUCCCACUGCUGGCCUACUCUGUCCUUGCCUUCCUCACCCCAGGGGACACGCCAGCUCACUGAGGCGCCGCCUCCCUGCUGCCAGCAGGGCUGUUUUAUGGGAGGUUAGGACAAUCCUUCUCGGGCUGUUUUUGGCAGUGGCCCAGCUGCUUCCCCCUGACUCACCUUGUCUGCCGCUGCUCAUGUUGCUGCAAGAGGUUUAUGGUCAGCAAGAGGCGGUACCAGAGGCAACAUCGUUCCUGCUCUGACAGGAGCCGCACAUGUUUUAUCUUGGCUUUCCCCAGCGCCCUUCAGAAUGUGUGUAUUGGGGCAGGGGAAAUGACAUUGUUUUGUCCCAUUUCAGUGCAGGCAGCUGAAAGUUUUAAAUCGUGUAACAAAUACCCCUGGACCACAGCUUUAAAAAAAAAAAUUCAGUUGCAAGCUGAAGCCCUAAUUUAAGUCAGCAGCUUGGGUUAUAUUUGGGUUUUUUUUUUUACUGUAAGUUUAGCUAGUUUGUGACUCAAAUCUCAGGUUUUACUAUAUUGAAAAGUGGAGAAGAUUUUGUCAUUGUUUUGUUUUGUGGCUAGGAUGUGACUUUAAUUUCCUACAGCGGACUGCUGAAAAUAGCACUGAAAGCUACAGCAUUGAUUAACUUGACUUUGAAAAAUGUAGAUGGCACCGAGGGGCAGCACCAGGCAUUAACUGAACCCAGAGGCUGUGUUCUUGCUGUGUGGAUGAGAGAGAUGCUGGAAGAAGGGGCAGCCUGGGCAAGCGACAGGUUGACACUACCCUGAAUAGCGUGUCAGGCCUUGGCUAUUCAUGAAACAUACUGCCACUUGCUUCUGUUUACAUAUCAAGUGGGAGCAAUUACUUUACAAAUGUUUUUGGCACACAUACACCCUCUGUGUGGGUGUAUACCUAUGUAAAAGGGUUGGCUGUGCUCCUUUCAGACAGAUUUCAGUAAAAGCCCGUGUCCUCCAGUUAGAUCAGUUAACAAGAGUUAACAAAUCAAUCCCUAGAAGCAGAAACAGAUUCUUCCUCUCUCCUGUGUUCCUUCACACCUGUGUGUUCUCCCCUUCUCUCUGUACAUACAAACACGUACGGUUGGACUUUGUUUAGUUAAUCACCUUCUGAGGAACUGAGCUUCUGGCUCCCCCUGAUUUCCAGUACACUACAGUCACUCAAAUCAAAGCUGUAGGCUCAGUAUUUUUAGAGGACAGGUUCCUGUAGGAAGAAGCCUUAACCCCACGUCCCAGACAGGGUCAGUCUCUCUGUCUCCUGUCAGAACUGGUGUCCUGUACCUGAACAAUGCUGGAAAUGGUUUAUAGAAGUUUGGAAAGCAAAGUGGAGGAUGCGAGAGGGGAAAUGUGUACAUGUUCAGUAUGAAUAUCAUGUUCUUUGGUGUAUGGCAAGCUGGUUAAAUGGUUCAGAGAGAUGUGAGUUUCUCAUCUUGUUGUCUUAUGAGCAUUACCUGUAUGUUAUGAUGAAAUAAAAUCAGAAAUGGUA